AUGCCCCCUCGUCGUGAGUGCUUUCUGCUUCCCGGUGACUCAAAAAGUGUGCGCUGUGCUUCAGGUGCGACGGGUGUGGGUCCGUCAUCCAACUCUCAUUCGUCGCACGUUCGCACGUUCGCACCGGUGACUAUGGCCCACCAAGCUGGUCACCUCUAUGCAACUCCCUUGGGAGAGGAACGAUUCUUCAGACCGUCUUCCCGAGUGUGUUGUUGCAUCGUACUAGCACUUCUGGGCCGGACCAGCGGUCCUCACGGUCUCUCCUGUUCCCCAUCGUUCGCAUCGUCGCAUUCGACAUAUACUCACUACGUCGUACUGACCAUGCACCAUCUCUUACCGAAUGCAUCGUAACCUUCUGUUCAUAUUCCAGGCCGCAACUCUGUCUCCUCCGUCGGCGCUGCUGCUGCUCCGAACGGCACGACGCCCGCGACACCGCGUCGUACAGGUCGUGCAUCAUCGACCACACCCGCCGACGUAGCCACCACCGCAUCCUCCGCAAAGCCCACUUCACGAACAGUCGCAGCAGCGAAACGCGUUUCUUCUACCUCGGCCAAGCCCGCUUCUUCCGGCGCCACCAAGCGAGCGAGGUCGAGGUCCAGAUCCGUCUCGGUCGCAUUGACCGUCGCGGAGCAGAGUGAGCAAGAGCAAGAGGAAGAGGACGACGAUGACGUCGAUCCGACACCACGAGCGAAAAAGAUCAAGGUCUUUGUCGAACCCAAGCUCAAGCCUGUACGAGCACCCGUGCAGGGCAUGAAUCAGAUCCCGAAACGAUACGACCCCUUUCCCGCGUACUCGGCUUUCGAUUUCGAGGUUUCGAUCGACGAGGUGCAACGAUUGGACGACUACUUGCCCAGAACGGUCUUUGUCUUUGGUAACGGUGACUUUGGACAACAUGGUUUAGGCAUCGAGAAUGGGAUGAUGGAGAUCGUCAGGCCCAGGUUGCAUGCGACGAUCGAAAAGAUGAUCGCCGUCGACGGAGGACAGGCGUGGAAGAGAGGUGUCGCCAGUCUCGAGUGUGGUGGGAUGCACACCCUCUGCGUCGACGGCGAGGGUAAGAUUUGGUCGUGGGGGUGAGUCGAGUUCUUUUCCGCAUGGGAUGGAUGGAAUGCAAAUGUUGACCUGUUCGUGUGACGGUCCCCGUCCCCGUAGCAUCAACGAUAACGCAGCGCUCGGUCGAGUCACCGCCGGCCUCGAACAAGAAUCAGAAGAACUCGAAACGCAACCCCUCGUCGUUGAAAACCUCGACUACUCGCGCUUCAAGGCCGUCAAAGUCGCCGCCGGAGAUUCGGUCUCGCUCGCCGUAUCGGAGAAUGGCGAGUUGAGGUGCUGGGGUUCGUUCAGGUACUCGGAGGGCAUCCUCGGCUUUGACGGUAACGACGAAAAGAGCAAGAGUCAGCUCAAACCAUUAGCUUUGAAGAAUUUGGAGGCCGUGUCGAUCGUGCAGGUCGUAACCGGGGACGACCACUUUGUUGCGCUGACGACGAAGGGAACGGUUUUCGCGUGCGGAAAUGGGGAGCAGUGCCAGUUGGGCCGCAAGAUUAUUCAACGUGGGUUCGGAGUCCGUUUUUGACAAAGUGACGAUGCACCCGCUCAAUACUGAAUCGUGGUCUCUUUGGUGUUGGACUCACAGGUCACAAGACUCACGGCCUGACGCCUGAACGUCUCGCCCUAAAGAACAUCGUCGUCGUCGGUUCGGGAUCGUACCAUUCGUUCGCGGUCGAUGCCAAAGGCCAAGUCUUUGCGUGGGGACUGAACUCGUUCCGCCAAACCGGUGUCGACGAGGACGACGGUGGAUGGCAAGAGAUCAUCACGACGCCGACGAUCGUCAAGAGCCUGCAUCCGUCGUUGCAUCGCGGUGCACGCGUCGUGCAGAUCGUCGGAGGGACACACCACACCCUCUUUUUAUUCUCGAAUGGAGAGGUGUGGGGCUGCGGGAGAUGUGAUGGGUCCGAGAUUGGGUUAGGCAAAGAUCACCCCAAAAUGAAGGAGAUGAAGGAGCGCGAGGACGAGGCGCUCAAGAGGAGGAAGGAGUUUGAGAACAGCGUCCGACCCAAGAUUGCGCAACGACCUGUCGCGGCUGACGACGCAGGGAACCCCGGACGACCGAUGACCGAGAUGGAAAUUGACCUCAAGGCGCAGGAAGAAGCGGCACAGACGGUCCCCUUGCCGAAUCGAUUCAUCGACGAGCCGACCAAGAUUGAAUUCGACACGGAUGCGCAGGAGGAAGAGAACAUUGAUGGACCGGUGCAAAUUGUGCAGAUCGCCGUGGGGACGAGGGCCAACUUUGCCGUCUCAAAGCAUGGGUUCUUGUACGCCUGGGGAUACGGCAACGUCGCCCAACUUGGAUUGGGGGACGAGGAGGAGGCCGACCGACCGACGAGGGUCGUCAGUCGGGCGAUGAAGGGCUUCAAGGUCUUGCACGCCGCUGGGGGCGGUCAACAUUCGGUCUGCGUCGCUGUUCGAGGGGACGGCGCGAAGCCGAGCGUUCAUGACGAUGCUACCGCGGCGGCCCCGGCUGCGUAG